AUGUGUGGGAUCAUUGAAGGUAGAUGGACGUCGCCUGCGCUUGCUGUAUGCCUAUAUAAGCCCCAAUUUCUGUCAAGGCUUGGCCUGGAUCUAACCGGGUACAAGGGUCUAGGAGUACAGCAAGCGGUGCGGGUUGGAGCUCGAGCUGCAGCCGUGGCGUCGACACGACGUGCAGGGAAGGGCAAGGCCAGGCAGAAAGACAGAUACGUGGAUGACCCCGAGGAGGAGGACACGCUUCUUGGGGGCCAGUACGACGAGGUGGAGAGCUCGAAUGCACCUCCAUCAACGACACUGCAGAAGUCUCCCACUGCAUCCCUGAAGAGUCGAAACGAGAAGGAUAAAUCACGAACUAUCCCAUUUCGACUGCCAGAUAAACUGCAAUCGCGAUUUCCUCCAAAUAUUGUGCGGAAUCAGAAAUACAACGCUUUCACCUUCCUUCCCAUCGUGCUUUAUGAGCAGUUCAAGUUCUUCUUUAACUUAUAUUUCCUGCUUGUUGCAUUGUCUCAGUUCGUACCCGCGCUGAAGAUUGGCUUCAUAUUUACAUACAUUGCCCCUCUGGCAUUCGUCCUUUUUGUGACACUGGGAAAGGAGGCAUACAACAACUACAAACGCAACCUUCGCGAUAAUACCUCAUCCUCGAAAGUCACGACAUCCCCUCCCGUUCGCAUGACACAUCAUAGCGCCAUCACCCGUGCCAUCCCCUCGUCGUCGAUCCGCGUCGGUGACCUCAUUGUGCUAGAAAAGAACCAGCGAGUCCCUGCCGAUGUCGUUCUACUUCGCACAUCAGACUCGUCAGGGACGUGUUUCAUACGAACAGACCAGCUCGACGGCGAAACAGAUUGGAAGCUGCGCGUUGCGGUGCCAUCUUGCCAGAAGCUUGGUGAUGACAAGCGUUUGUUGACUCUGGAUGCAGAAAUAUACGGUAUGUCACCCAGUUAG